UCCGUUCCAGCUGUCGCAGUGAUGGACGGUCCUCCGCAACUUCCCCCCGAACUUUGGGUCUGCGUGUUCCGCUUCCUCAGCACGGAGGAGAAGCACGCGGUCCGGUCCUGCUGCCGGCUCCUGCGGGGGCUGGUGGACCACCCGUCCCUGUGGAAGGACCACACGGUGGUGCUGUCCGACCUCCGCCGCUACACCUACGGCUUCUGGGACACCCUGAACCGGCGCAGACUCACCCGGGUCGCCGUGCGGCAUCUGCGGCGCAAAGAGUGGCGGCGCCUCGUCAAGUUCCUCCCGGCGCUCACGGCCAUCGUGUUCGUGGACGGAGGACGGCAGUACAAGGAGACCUACCUGGACAACCUGCACAGGUUCCCCGACCUGCGGGACCUGGGGGUGCGGAACGCCACCUGGGACGCCGCGCUCAUGAGCCCGAGCCUCACCCAGCACCUGCGCGCGCGGCUCACGCACCUGGGCGUGUGCAACGUGCGGCUGCAGUCCACGGUGGAGUUCGUCGGCGCGGUGUCGGAGCUGGUCAACCUGCGCUCCCUGCUCUUCCACCACCAGGGGGAGGGCUUCGGCCUGGGCACGGUGCGGCCGGUGCCCCGUGGCGUCUUCCACCGCCUGCUACUCAGCCUGAGGAAGCUGCAGCACCUGUCCUGGGGCAUGAAAGAGGAGCCGCCGGUGCCGCUGCCCGACGACUACCUGAGCCCCCCGGACCCGGAGCAGCCAGGAGCCUCCUCAUAUGGGGGCCCGGCUCUGAGGAGCCUGGUUCUGGUGGAUUACCCUGAGAACGCGCUCCCUGAAAACGCGCUGAGGAGCCUGGUGUCGCUGCGCUCCCUGACCGUCCACUACAGGUACAUCAGAGAGGGCAUGGAGUGCCGCCUCAGCUCCUGGCUGAGUCCUCUGCACCAGCUCCAGUCACUUACCAUCAUCGGUGGGAAUUCUCUCAGCACCUAUACAACCACCAUCCCGCCAACAGUGACCAGGCUGACGCUGCGGGUCGCCGUGACCCUGAAAGACUUGGACUCCGUCGCCCCAAAGGUCCCUGGGCUGCAGCACCUGGACAUUGAGCAGAACCGCUCCAGCGGCAGUCUCUGCAGAAGAAUCCCCAUGUUGUUCCCUCAGCUCAGAACCCUCAGGAUUCGGUUUUUCCGUCGGGAGCCGGAGAAAGACCUGCUGAGCCUGGUGAAGCUGCGGCACCUGCAGCAGCUGGAGCUGCUGGUGGAGCGCUUCUACAUCCUCAGAGACUACCUGAACGGCCACCCGUGGCCCAGCCCCAACGUGCAGGACCUGAUCAACCAGAUCCGGGAGCUGUCGGAGAACAGGAUCACCGUCAUCACCGCCAUGCGGCAGAGGGACCCUCUGCGAGAGUGUGACUGCGUGUGGGAGGGAGACUGACCGGCCGGACGGGCGCAGGAAACGGGGAACCCGUUCUGAAGCUGGCUGCCCAGACCGGCAGAGACCCGAGCCGACGCCUCAGUCCUGACGGGACUGCUGGAAGGUGAACAGAACCGUUGAAAUUCAGAGCAGAGAUUUCAGCAAAGACCGGACUGUUCUAGAAGUUUGAAACUGGUUCUCAUGACGGAGCUGCUCCUGUUCACUGAACAGGUUUAAUGGGAAGUUCCUGUAGGAAAGGGUCAAAAAACGGGUCCAAGUCUGCAGAACCGUCUGCUGGAUGAAGAGCCCGCAGCACAGACCUGCAGGUCAGAUGAAUCGGAGGAAGGCCGGUUUACCAGGGUGCACAACGAGAAGAGGACAGGGAUGGUUUCUGCAAUGUUCUGUUCAGGAAUCUUAACUCCACCUUAAUGAGAAUCAGAGCAGAACCACAAACAUCCACCCUCCCUGAAGGAGGAUGUUUUCAGACUCGUAGCAGAUCUCCAUACAGCAUCAAUGGAGGCUCCGCCCCCAACCUUCAGGAAGGGAUGCCCUUGUGACGCAGGCAGGGUGGUUUAACCAUUGACUGUAUAGGAGAACUGGACUGUGUGACCCCUCCUACAUCGCGUUCCAAACCGGGAAUAGCCGCUGGUACCAAGACUCUAAAAUCCCACAGACUUCUACAGAGAAAUAAACAGCUGUUCCUCCGUCGUACUAUUGGUCAGAAGAACCGUUGUUGCUCGAAAUCUUUUCUUAAAUCAUCGUCUUGAUAAUCCAAAUUUUUAAUGUUUUUUAUCGCAAGUUAAUCAAGCAAUAGACUGACCAAUCAGAUACCUCAAUAAUGUGUGGCCCGCUGGCCCCCACCUCAAGUGAUUGACAGAUUCUCCCGAGCUGCUUUCAGUGGAAGCGGUGUGGACUUCCAACCAGCCCUCUCCUGAUUGACAACAGUAGUUGCCAUAGAAACAUUGACGAAGACUGACUCGGACCAAUCACUGCUUACUCACCCCGUCUGGCCCCGAAUGACGACAUCGGUACCUGGAAAAAAUGGCGACGUAUUUGGCUUCAUUUUGAAGUAAUCCAUUUUUUACAGGGGACGUCACACUCAGACGUCAGUAAGCACUCGUUGGUCCACGUCGGUCUGAGUCACCAUUUCCAUGAUAACCAUUUACACCAAUCAGGAGUAAGCCUGUUGGAAGGCCACACCUCUAGCAGGUUCGGGAGGAUCUAUCAAACACUUUAAACGUUGGACGUGAGACUUGAUUAUGGCACCUGAUUGGUCAUUUUAUAACUUAAAUAAUUUGCAUUUCAGAAAAAAUUUCAGAUCAAGAAUGGUUCCUCUGACCUAUAGCUGUUCAUUUCUCUGUAGAAGUCUGUGGGAUUCUGACUUCUUGGAACAAGCGGCUACUUCCUGUUUGGAACGCCAGCGGGGAGGGGUCACUCAGUCCAGUUCUCAUUCAGUUAAUGUGUUUACCCAGCAUCAGGGGGGGCAGGCGGUCUCCCUGCAGAGGAAACGCUGCAGACUUGAUGAAGUUAUGUUUGGGAUCCAGGAUCUUCCCAACGGGAAAGACGCGUGUUUGAAGUUUGUUAUCAGACUUCAUGUCGAUGAGUUCUGAAUAGCUGAUCAGCUCUGCUCUUGA